AUGUCUCUCAUACAAACAUACACACACAAACUUAUUUCCCAUAUCCUGCCCUCCCUUCACACAGCGGAGUGUAACGAGGAGUCUCAGCUGAUCAGCGACCUGUUUCAAGGCUACAACAAGAAUAUCCGCCCGGUAACAGAUCCUAACAACAAAGUGGAGGUUAAGAUCAAGCUGACCCUCACUAACCUCAUCUCCCUGAAUGAAAAGGAUGAAACUCUCACAACCAGUGUCUGGAUUGAGAUUCAAUGGGAGGAUUAUCGCCUUGCCUGGAACGAAACGGAAUAUUACGGCAUUACGCUUAUACGUGUGCCUUGCACCACUGUGUGGCUCCCUGACAUUGUCCUUGAGAACAACAUUGAUGGCAAGUUUGGCGUGGCAUACUACGCCAACGUGUUGAUCCACAGCAGUGGAUCUUUGUACUGGCUGCCCCCUGCUAUCUACCGCAGCACGUGUGCCGUGGAGAUCACCUAUUUUCCAUUUGAUUAUCAAAACUGCACCCUAGUAUUCAGGUCCCAAACAUACAGCGCCAAUGAAGUCGACAUUGUCUUGGCUGAUGGAGAACAUGAGGAGACUAUUGAGUGGGUUGACAUUGACCCUCAGGCCUUCACAGAAAAUGGGGAGUGGGCCAUUGUUCAUCGUCCAGCCAGGAAGUUGAUCAACCCACGUUACUCCCCUGAUGACCUGGAAUACCAAGAGAUCUCUUUCAACCUGAUCAUCCAGAGGAAGCCCCUCUUCUAUAUCAUCAAUAUCAUCCUGCCCUGCUCCCUCAUUUCCUCCCUGGUUGUGCUGGCCUACUUCCUCCCUGCACAGGCUGGGGGACAGAAGCUGACUGUGUCCAUCUCCGUGCUGCUGGCUCAGACUGUCUUCCUCUUCCUCAUUGCUCAGAAGACGCCCGAGACGUCUCUCGCUGUCCCUCUCAUUGGCAAGUACUUGAUUUUUGUCAUGUGCGUGACUACUCUCAUUGCUACCAACCAAAUUGUGGUGCUCAACUUCUCGCUGCGCAGCCCCAGCACACACACCAUGUCCCACAGUAUCAAACAUCUGUUUCUGGAGGUGGUGCCGCGAUUCUUGGGAAUGUCCCCUCUGGUGGAUGACAGUGAGGUACAAGCAGCGGUAAACGGAGUAAGGGAAAGGCGACGCAGCUCUUUUGGCCUGAUGCAGAGGGCAGAAGAAUACGUGCUGAAGCAGCCGCGCAGCGAGAUGAUAUUCGACAAACAGCGAGAGAGGCAUGGUCUCGCGAGAUCAUUUGUGGACGAAAUUGACUUCAGCAGCACAGCCAACUUGUACAAGAGUCUAGCUCAAGCUGCCCCAGAGAUCAGGCAGUGUGUGGCUGCCUGUAAUUUCAUUGCUGAGAGCACAAGGCAACAGAACGAUGCUGGAUCUGAAAUGGAAAGCUGGGUUCUAAUUGGAAAAAUGAUUGACAAGGUGUGUUUCUGGGCCGCCAUCCUCCUUUUCGCCAUUGGCACAGUGGCUAUCUUCCUCACGGGACACUUCAACCAGGUUCCAGAAUUUCCAUUUGCUGGUGAGAGCAAACGAUAUGUGCCCAGUUAG